UAUUCAUCAAUACCUGUACAACCGGUAGUACAGGGUGUAACAACAAGUAGUACCACUGUAUGUCGUACAGUUGGCGGUCUAACAAAAUCACAGUUAGAAUUGUGUUAUCGACAUGCGGAUGUUGCUGAGAGUGCAUUAAUGGGCUUACAAUUGGCAAUUGAUGAAUGUCAGCAUCAAUUUCAAUGGCAUCGUUGGAAUUGUUCGUCAUUGAGUACAAAGAAUAAAAAUCCACAUAGUAGUGUUUUAUUACAAAAAGGCUAUCGUGAAACAGCAUUUGCUUACGCAAUAUCUGCUGCGGGAGUUGCACAUAGUGUAGCACGUGCAUGUAGUCAGGGAAAAUUAUUGGAAUGUGGCUGUGAUCCAGCUGGUAGAAGAAUGUAUUCACAAGGUGUUUUAUCAGGCAAUGUACCUGAUACAACUACUCCACAUCGGACAGUUUCAGCAGCAUCUCGAUGGAAGUGGGGAGGAUGUUCACAUAAUUUACAUUUUGGUGUUGAAUUCUCAAAGUUAUUCCUUGAUACACGUGAACAAGCUGGUGAUAUACAUUCGCAAAUUAAUUUACACAAUAAUCAAGCUGGAAGAUUGGCAGUUGCGAACAACAUGCAAGUACGCUGUAAAUGUCAUGGAAUGUCAGGCAGUUGUCAAUUAAAAACGUGUUGGAAAUCUGCACCAGAUUUUCGUGUUGUUGGUAAAAUUUUAAAAGAACGUUUUCGUCAAGCCAUUUUAGUGGAUCAAUCAAAUUUAGGUAAUGGUACACCAUUACUGUAUGUUAACAAUAAAAUACGUGGUACGCGGCGUGGAAAACGCCCACCAAAAAAUCAACGCGGUGCUAAUAGCAAUAAUAAUCAUCCAAAUAAAAGGCCACGACAAAAACCACGCGGUGGAACAUCACGUAAAAUGAAAUUACAUCGUAAACGUGAUUUAACAAGUGAUUUGUUAUAUUAUCAACGUUCACCAAAUUUUUGUGAAAAAGAUGUAUCUGUGGAUGUACCAGGUACGGUUGGGCGACGAUGUAACCGUACGAGUACGGGAGGUGACGGUUGUGCGUCUUUGUGUUGUGGUCGUGGCUAUAAUAUUGUCCGACAGAGACGUAUUGAACGCUGUCAUUGUCGAUUUCAUUGGUGUUGUUUUGUUGAAUGUCAAAAUUGUACAUAUGAAGAAUGGAUUACUGUUUGUAAAUAA